AUGGAUUCGUGUCUAGAAACCAUCCGAAACCUGCACGAAGAGCGAGAACGGUUAAUUGAUUCAACGGUUAAAGAGAAGAUCGCUGAGAAGUUGACACACAAAGCGAAAGUGAAUAGCGAGCAGAGAGUGAAGAAGUUCGUGGAUAGAUACUAUGAAGUCUCCGCAGAGCUCGCUAAAUUCUACAAAGACGAGGAUGGCUCUAAAAAUAUGGAAAUGGAUGCUGUCUCCGGACCAAACGAGUUCGCCGAGUUCUAUUCUAGACUGAAAGUCAUCAAAGAUGCACACAGAAGGAAUCCAGAUGAGCUCGCGGAACCACUAACUGUGGAAUUCCAGAAAAUCAAUGAAGAAAUUAUAAAUCCAGAGCGUGCGGAACCAGAUAUGGUUGAAUUUAGUGAUGAAGAGGCGUACGGACGUUUCCUUGACCUUCAUGCUCAGUAUGACAAGUUCAUUAAUUUGAAGAAUGUCAAACGAGUUGAUUAUAUGACUUAUUUGCUCAAUUUCGAAAAGUUUACCGAGAUUCCAAAGAACACCACAAAGAAAACCGGUGCUUACAAGGAAUAUGUCAACGUUCUUAAAGAUUAUCUUGUGUCAUUCAUGCAACGAACUCGCCCACUACAUGAUUUGGAUGCAGUGUUCGCUGAAGUUGAUCAGACGAUUCAGAGAGCAUUCGAAAGCGGAAAUUUACCUGGAUGGGAAGCUGAUAAGAGCAAAAGUGGCCCACAAGCUGCUGCAGUCGACUUGUCACCGUAUAACAGUGCUGAAGAAUUAGAAGGAUUGGGGUUGGAAAGAUUGAAGGGCGCUCUGAUGGCUCUCGGUCUGAAGUGUGGUGGAACUUUGAAAGAGAGAGCAGAUCGUCUCUUCGCUACAAAAGGUCACAAACUAUCGGAUCUCGAGAAGGCGGCGAUGGCUUCGAACAAUUCGGAUGCCGAUAAACAAAAGGCUAAGAAUCUCGCACUCGCACAAGCAGAAGGGCACAUUAUGGCUCUCGCUGAAAUUCUAUCGGAGGAACGGACAGGAACUCGUGAAAACGUGGAGCGAAAGCAAGCGAGAUCAGCUGGAGAAGUUGAGGAAGAAGAAGAAGAAGAACCAAUUAUCGAAGAAGAAGAGGAGAUUGACGAGAGCGCUCCAUAUAAUCCGAAGAAUCUUCCACUCGGUUGGGACGGAAAACCGAUUCCAUAUUGGUUGUACAAACUUCACGGUUUGAAUUUGUCGUACUCGUGUGAAAUAUGCGGAAAUCAAACAUACAAGGGACCGAAAGCCUUCCAGAAGCAUUUCAAUGAAUGGCGUCACUCCCAUGGAAUGCGUUGUCUUGGAAUUCCUAAUACAUCUCAUUUUGCGAAUAUCACCAAAAUCAAGGAUGCACUUGAUUUGUGGAACAAACUGAAAACCGAAAAGGAGAUGGCCAAGUGGAAUCCCGAUAUCGAUGAGGAAUACGAAGAUUCCAGUGGAAAUGUGGUCACACGAAAGAUGUACGAAGAUUUGAAGCGACAAGGUCUUCUGUAA